AGAGACAGGUGAGAAUAGAAUAUAGAAAGAAUAUAGAUACGAGGGGAGGAGUUCGGAUUUGGAUUAUCCGAUGGCGAGGGUCGUUAGUAGUUUUUUAUUGUGUUUUCUGGUGGCGUUUUGUCAAACCCUUUUGGCUCCGAUCGGCUGUGAGGGAGGAGCGGCCGCAAGGGCAUUGCCGCGGCGCCGCUACCAUGGGCAUGCGGCGUUCUUCAUCUUCGGGGACUCGCUGCUGGACGCCGGAAACAACCAGUACCUCACCGACAACAAGAUGGGGAAGCCGGAGUUGCCUUACGGCGAAACCUACUUCAAGAACGCCACCGGCAGAGUGUGCGACGGCCGCAUAGUCCCUGACUUCCUCGCGGAGUAUGCGAAAUUGCCACUAAUUCCACCAUAUCUGCAACCGGGGUUCGACAACUAUAGUGAUGGGGCGAACUUUGCGUCAGCUGGAGCCGGUGUUCUUUCUACGACUAGCGCAAAUUUGCUAAACUUGAGUGUGCAGCUGGGGUAUUUCAAGGAGGUGGACAAGAAGCUGAAGAAGCAGCUGGGGGAUGCAGAAGCCAGGAGACUGGUAUCAAAUGCAGUUUACCUGAUAAGCAUGGGAGGCAACGAUUACAUGCACUAUAACUCCUUAGCCGCUAACCAGUCCGUCGAUGUCACCAAAUCCCCUUACUCCAAAACUUACAUCUCCAUGGUUCUCGGCAACAUCACAUCCGUCGUCACCGAAUUGUACAAGAUGGGAGGAAGGAAAUUUGGGUUUCAGAGCGUGGGGCCGCUGGGGUGCAUGCCGGGGACCAAAGCCAGUUUGUUGCCGGCGGGGAGCAGGGUGGACUGCGUGAGGGGGCCUCAGUGGCUGGCCAAAAUGCACAACGCCGCCUUCACCAAAGCCCUCCACGGCUUGGCCCUCAAGCUCCCCGGUUUCAAACAUGCCCUCUUCGAUUACUACGGCGCCGUUGCCCUUAGGACGCUCUACCCCAAAAGCUAUGGAUUCAAGGUGGGGAAGAGCGCGUGCUGUGGGAGCGGGGCAUACAGGGGAGAGUUCACGUGCGGCGGCCAUGGAGGGACGGUGAAGUACGAGCUGUGCAAGCACCCCAAGUAUUACAUGUUCUUCGAUUCGGCCCAUCCCACCGAAGCAGCCAAUAGCCAGUUGGCUGAACUUCUCUGGGGGGGAUCUCCGGCUGUCAUCGGCCCUUACAAUCUCAAACAACUCUUUCACCAAUGAUCUCUCCACUUGCCUUCCAUUCAGAUCACUGUUCAUCGUGAGCUCACCAAGUUCAUUAAUAAUCGUCGUUUUGUUGACGAGUUUUUUUUUUUUUGUUCUUCUUCUUCUUCAGACAGAGAGAUAGAGGGUAAUUUUAAUUUGUGGCGUAGCUGCUAGGUAGUGAUAUGAAAAAAUUUCUUUCAUCUCCCUCUAAAAGUUUGUCUGUAUAUUAAUAAGGCAGAGUUUAUUUC